GAGUUCACUCUCUCUCAAAAUGGAUUCUACUGCUAAGCUGGUGAAGGUGACCCGCGUCCUCGGCCGUACCGGUUCUCGCGGUGGUGUGACCCAGGUGCGCGUCGAAUUCAUGGAUGACCAGACCCGUUCUAUCAUCCGUAACGUCAAGGGACCCGUCCGUGUUGACGACAUCCUCUGCCUCCUCGAAUCCGAACGUGAGGCCCGCCGCCUCCGAUAAACGAUUUAAACCACGUCGAACGGAAAGAUGGUUGUUGGAUGAAGGCCGGGGGCUAUUACGGGUCGGAUACUCAUGAUGAUCAUGAUAUGUUCAAGGGACAAAAAAAAAAGAAA